GGCGCGCGCUGUGAACUGUAGAGUUUUGCGCGCGAGAUGUUCUGUAAUCUUGGCUGCUGCAAAGCCACCAGAGGGGUGAAGGAGCUAAACGUACUAAAUACCUGUGUUUAAAGAUUCAGUAGUGUCUUAGAAAUAACCUUUAGCAGGAAAAGUAAGCUUUAAAAGAUAAAGUUAUAAAUUAAAAGUUAAUUCAGAGUAUUGACUCAGUUGGCUCUGUUGGAGCCUGAAUUCUCUGGGUUGACGAGCAGUGGAUCAGUGCAUGAUGAACUGUGAACUGUUGGCUACUUGCAGUGCUCUCGGGUAUUUGGAGGGGGAAAAAUACCACAAAGAACCUGACUGCUUGGAGAGUGUAAAAGACCUGAUUCGCUACCUGAGACAUGAGGAUGAGACAAGGGAUGUCAGACAGCAGCUGGGAGCUGGCCAGAUCCUCCAGAAUGACCUUUUACCUAUCAUAACCCAGCAUGGAGAGGAUAAACCCUUGUUUGAUGCCUGCAUAAGGCUCAUGGUGAACUUGACCCAGCCUGCACUUCUCUGCUUUGGAAAAAUUCCAGAUGACGCUUCAUUCCGACACCAUUUCCUCCAAGUGGUGACUUAUCUACAAGGAUAUAAGGAGGCAUUUGCCAAUGAGAAAGUGUUUACCAUCCUGAGUGAGACAUUGUACAACCUGCUGCAACUGGAAUGGGAACAGAGGCAGGAGGAGGAUAACUUGCUGAUUGAAAGGAUUUUGCUGCUUGUCAGGAAUGUGCUGCAUGUCCCUGCUGAUCCAAAUGAGGAAAAGAAUGUAGACGAUGAUGCCAGUCUUCAUGAUAAGCUGCUGUGGGUGAUCCACAUGAGUGGGAUGGAUGAUUUGCUGAAGUUCCUGGCCAGUGCUCAGAGUGAGCAGCAGUGGAGCCUGCAUGUGCUGGAGAUCAUCUCGCUCAUGUUUAGAGAUCAGACUCCUGAGGUCCUUGUGAGUGCAGGGCAGAGCCGCUCCAUACAGGAAAAACAAAAAGAUGCACAUGAGCUGGAAGCUCUCAGACUGAAAGAACUGGCAGAGAAACGAAGCCGCACGCUACAGAGAGGAACCAGGCACUCGCGUUUUCGAGGCUCGUAUGUGAUCCAGGGAUUAAAGUCUAUCGGUGAGAAUGAUGUCAUUUAUCACCAAGGAAUCCACAACUUUAAGAAUUAUACUCAUGACUCUGGAAAGGCCGUGAGGCGUGUGCCCAAGCGUAAACAGGCGGCUAAAGAGAUUGAGACUCUGCGCCGCUCAGUUCUGAAUGUGCGGAUCUUCCUACGUGAAUUCUGCGUCGACUUCAUAGAGAACUGCUACAAUAGACUCAUGUACCUUGUCAAGGAGUCAUUAAUUCGUGAAAAGGGCCAGCAGCAUGAUGAGACAUAUUACCUGUGGGCUCUGACCUUUUUUAUGGCUUUUAAUCGUGGCAAUGGCUGCAGGCCUGAGCUUGUGUCUGAGACCCUCUCCAUCCGUUCCUUCCACUUCAUAGAGAAGAACAUCACCAACUACUAUGAGAUGAUGCUUACUGACCGCAAAGAGGCUACAUCAUGGUCUCGCCGGAUGCAUUUGGCUUUGAAGGCCUACCAAGAACUCCUGGUGACUGUAAAUGAAAUGGAUCACUCCAAAGAUGAGAACAUCCGCCAGAGCGCCAAUGUUAUCAAAAGCAAUAUCUUCUAUCUGAUGGAGUUCAGGGAGAUUUUCCUCACCCUCUUGCGGAAGUAUGAUGAGAGAAUGCAGCCACGUUCGUUUUUGCGUGAUCUGGUGGAAUCUACGCAUCUGUUUUUGCGAAUGCUUGAACGUUUCUGCAAGGGCCGAAACAAUCUUCUGGUGCAGAAAAAGAAGACAAAAAGGAGAAAGAAGAAAAAGAGUUCAACUACACAGAUUGAGAAUACUCCCGAAUCAUUGGAGGAAACUUGGCAAAUUGUGUCUCAGGAGCUCAGGGCCUCUGGUUUUCAGUUAUCAGAUGCUCUGCGAGAGGGGGCUGUGCCUUUUGACGCUACUUCUGAGGUUCCUGUUACUGAGCAGCGGCCUGAAGCGAUGAUUCGUAUCCAGAAUGCUUUGCUCGCCCGGACUGGGCCGGAGGCACUAGGGCUAUUGCGAGCUGCACGUGAGGUGUGGCCUGUGGGAGAUGUGUUCGGUUCGGCUGAGGUGGAACCUGAAGAAGAGCUUGACCUUCUGAAGCAGAUUCUUUUUGCUGAGCUUCCUAGACCAGCUCAGGCCGAACCUGCAAUGGAUGAGGACGAAGAAGAGGCAGAAAUAGAUGAGGAAGAAGAACUUGAGACUGUGCGUGUGUCUGAAACAGAGUUUAACUUCUUGGAUUUUGUUAAGAGGUUUGCAAACUCCAACAUUGUUCGACCAUAUUUGGUGUUGCUGCGCUCAUACCCCACAAACACAGCGCAUACCAACCACUGCAUCGCCCGACUGCUUUACCGUGUUGCAGUAGACCUGAAGAUGGAUGCUUUGCUUUUUCAGCUUUCUGUCUUCCACCUUUUCAAUAAGAUCUUCACUGACCCUGCUGCCUCAGCCUUUAAGGAGUUGGUUACUUUUGCCAAGUAUGUUGUGAACCGGUUUUUCUCUCUUGCUGCCCAGAACAGCAAAGCCUUCAUUGAAUUACUGUUCUGGAAGAAUGUUGGUUCUGUGAGACAGAUGACUGAGGGCUACAGUGCGGAUGAUGCUGGUGCAAAUAAAAAAGCCAAAUGGACACCAGAGGAGGAAGAGGAGCUUCAACGGUUAUAUGAAGAGUACAAAGAUUCAGGAGUUCCUGACAUUGUGGAGACUAUUCUACCAUUACUCAGCAGCGAACGCAACAGACGCCAGGUUGUCAUCCAAAUGGUAUCUAUGGGUUUGGUAGACAGCGUAAAGGACCUGAAAAAAGACAGAAAGGGUACCCAUAUUGUACUCUGGACUGAGGAGCAGGAACAGGAACUGCAGAUGCUCUUUGAGGAAUAUAAAGACUCAGAUGAUGUGCUGGGAAAUAUUCUGAAGCGUCUGACAGCUAAACGCUCUAAGGCACGAGUUUCGGAUAAAAUUAUCAGCAUGGGCCUGGUUUCUGAGCGCAAGGAACUUCAUAAGAAACGGCGACGCAGUACCGCUGCGAAACGCGGGGGAAUGACCGAGGAAGACUUGUUUGCCGAACAGAGUGAAGAACCCAGAGAUGUGAUUUACAGAGAUGAGAAAGAUGAUGAAAUGGAUGAGGGAGAUGAUGAUGAUGAUGAUGAUGAUAGAAAACAAGAAAAGACUAGACAAGUCAGAGAAAAGAAAGUCAGCAGGCGAGAGAGUGUUGUGGAUAAAAACCACAGUGUGGGAACUAUGGCUCGGUGCUUACGGGGAGAAGGCAUGUCGGGGCCAAUCUUGUGGCUUCAGAACUGUCUGAACAGAGCAGCAGAUGAUCGAGAAGAAGAUGGUGUUUCUCACCCUGUGGCACUUGUUCCUCUGACUGAGGAGAACGAAGACGCCAUGGAGAACAAAAAGUUUCAAAGGCUUCUUCGCAAAAUUGGCAUCCGUGCACCAGCAGACGAACAGGAGUCUUUCUGGAGAAUCCCUGCAACUAUGAGCAUCUAUCAGCUAAGGACCUUUGCAGCAUCUCUUGUCCAGGCAGAGGAAAACAAGGUAAAAGAUCAAGAAGAAACUGAAGCAGGGGUGACUAUGAACGCCGAACCGGAUCAGAGCGAUGAUGAAGGCCAUGACUCCCAGGAGCUCAGAUCUCAUGCACUCCGAGCCCUGCUGCUUUCUCGCCAGAGGAAGCGUUCCUCUGAAGACACAAAAAAAGAUUCUGUUGAUGUGGAAGCCACUUCUAAAAGUGGAGCACAGUGCGUUGCUGCUGUUGAAUCUAAACCAUCGGGAAAGAGGAGUCGUGUGUUGGACAGUGAUGAUGAUGAUGAAGAUGAUAAGGAUGAGAGAGGCGAGGCCCCUUGUUCUAAAAUGAUCGUUGAAACCGAGGAAGGCGAUCAGUCAGACGAGGAAACUCGCUCUGCUCCCGCUAAGCGAAGGCGCCACAGAGUCCUGAGUGACGACGAGGAAGAUGACUAGAAGCUGUGAAUUUGGACCAGCCACUUCCACAACACACAUCCAUGCACACGAUCCACAACCACCUCAAAAACUUACUGCAAUCUGUUAUUUUAUAUCACAGUCCACUUUUAAACAAAUUGACAAUCUAAAACUGUAAGAGCAGUUGGGUUUUUAGAGCAGUAGUAAAGUGCAGUUUGUGGGGGUAAUGCUGCAGAUGUAAAUCAGGUUUAGAUAUUGCUCUUUAUUUCAAAGUCUUAGUUCAUAUGUUAUUUUGCUUAGAUUACCUGCAAGCUGUUUUGAGGUGCAGUUUUUGUACAUUUAUACUAAAAUUGUUUCUAGAACUACAACAACUAAGAACUAAUUUUACACGGUGUCUUAAUUUUAGACUUUUGAAAUGUUUGUGGCCCAGACAUGAGCUCCAGCUGCUGGCCUCAACAGAAUCUCUCAACUCUGUCCAGGACAUAUUUAACACUCAUAGAAGGCCAAAUGGGACAAGUAAAAGUGUUAAAAUAGUGCUUUUUGGAUGAAAGAAAAUGUAUUAAACCUUGUCUUUACAUUA